AUGUCUAGCAACAAGCUUCAUCAGCUCGGCAAAAAUGGCCCUCUUGUCCCAUCCCUCGGCUUUGGCCUGAUGGGCAUGUCUACAGCUCAUUAUGGAGCAAUUCCCGGAGACGAGGAACGCUUCGCACUACUGGAUCGCGCAGUCGAGAUUGGCGCAACGUUCUGGGACACUGCCGAUCUAUACGGUGACAAUGAGGAACUGCUUGGCAAAUGGUUCCGACGCACCGGCAAAAGAGACCAGAUUUUCCUUGCAACAAAGUUUGGAUAUGUCUCCCACAGCAAAACUUACGGAACCGACAGCUCGGCGGCAUACUGCAAGGAAGCGUGUGCAAAGAGUCUGGAAACACUAGGUGUUGACCAAAUUGACUUGUACUAUCUGCACAGUGCCAACCCGGAAACACCAAUCGAAGAGACCAUGCGAGCCUUAGUUGAGCUUCAAAAGGAAGGCAAAAUCAAGCACAUUGGCCUAUCCAUGAUCUCGUCCAGCACGCUCCGCCGAGCAUGCAAGAUUGGCACCGUGGCCGCCGUACAAACAGAAUACUCUAUAUUCUCCCGCGAAAUCGAAGGCAGCGCAGGCACCGACCUGCUAGCAACCUGCCGCGAACUCGGCAUUGCUGUAGUCGUCGCAACGCCGCUAGGUCGAGGCUUGAUUACCGAUGCCUUUCGCAAAGGUGAAGCAAUCACCCCGGGUGUCCCGGAUUCUCGCAAAGCUGCUUUCCCGCGCUUCUCGGAAGAGAACACACCGACAAACACGGCUACUGUGGAUCAAUUCAAGAGCUUUGCGAACAAGAAGGGGUGUACGGUAGCUCAGCUUGCUCUUGCAUGGCUACUCAAGCGAGGUGAUGAUAUCUUUCCGAUCCCUGGGACCAAGCGGAUUAGGUAUCUGGAAGAGAACUGGGCGGCGCAGCGUGUUUUGCUUUCUGAUGCGGAUGAGGCGGAAAUUGAUGCGUUUCUUGAGUCUGCUAUUAUUGCUGGGCCUUCUGUUCCACCGCAGUUUGCGUCUUUUAUUUUCAAGGAUACCAAGGAGGAGACUGCUUAG